AUGUGUGACAUGAACAUCGCGUCCCAGGAGAAGAAGGGGCGUGGUUAGGAUGGCGUGACAUCAUUUGCACGCGACGCCCAGACAUCCUCUCUCAUGGUGGUGGUUGCGUGCGGAUCCAAACAAACAUGGCGUCAAUGUGUUUCUGCGGCGACUGGCUUGUACUCGCCUGCGACUCCAAAUGGAUCGCAGCUGACGUCACACAUGACAGAGAUGUGUUCGUGUUCGACUGCAGCGAGGUGGAGCGGCGUCGGCAGCAGCAGCGAGAGGGCAGCGACGGCGCAGAGGAAACAGGAAGUGACAAAAUACUGGCCAUUGCUGCUUCGCCCUCGGGGAAACUCCUGGCCGUCACGGAUGACAACAAAAGGCUGCUGGUGUUCCGGUUCGAUUCCUCGUGGAGACGAAUCAGCUGCAGGUGGGUGGCGCGUCGCUGCACCUCCAUGGUCUUCACUCAGACUGAAGAGGAGCUGCUGGUGGCGGACAAGUCUGGAGACGUGUACUUGUUCUCUGUGAAGGAAGGGGAGAAGAUGGGGGAGCUGAAGAUGGGCCACUUGUCAAUGCUGCUGUCUGUGACUUUGUCUCAUGACGACGAGUACAUCAUCACAGCAGACCGCGAUGAGAAGAUCCGAGUCAGUCGUCUGCGCUCGCCACACAACAUCCAGUCUUUCUGCCUGGGACACAGAGAGUUCGUCACUACUCUUCUGGUCCCACCAGGACAUCCGGACUGGCUGCUGUCCGGCUCAGGGGAUGGCACUGUGAGGUUGUGGGAAUACGAAACGGGUCGUCAGCUGCAGAGUUUGGACCUGAGUGCGCCGGCAGCAGAGCAGCAGGAGAAGCAGACCGUGUGUCGCCUCGCCAUCGCCCCCGGCGGUGGACAUGUGGCAGUGCAGUGUGAGCGGUCCAACAUUGUGCAGUGCUUGUCUCUGGUCGAUGAUCUCCAGGUGCAGAGUUCGCUCCCUCUGCCCGACUGUCCACUGGACCUGACCUUUGACACUGACGGUCGACUCUGGGUGAUGAUGGACGACAGAGAAGCUCUGCUGAGGGUCUUCAAACAGCAGGAGGGGCGCUGGAUGCAUGAAGAUGGGAGUCCAGGACUGAGGAGGGCCAUGGAGGCAUUCAGAGUCCACUGGGAACUUCUGGACGCGCCCAGCAGGAUGUGCAGCCGCUUCCAGCAUCUGCGCAAGGUGGACUUUGACAACGUGAGCUCGUACCUGCAGAAGAAGGAGGAGCGGCUGCAGCAGAAGAGGAGGCGGACGGAGAAGGAGCAGGACGACACAGUGUGCAGCUGAACGCUGCUUGGCGCCCUCGGCCCACUUCCUGCCUGCGUACUGUUGGACGCAGAACCUGAGGUGGGCGCAGCCAGGGCAGAGAAUCUGCUCGGACUGUGAAGCUCCUGCACAGCUUCAGUUGGUGGACUGGAACAUUUAAAGAUGAUUAAAUUCAAACAUGAACCGACCCUUACAAACGUUUCGUUUGAGGUCAGUUAAGAGAGGAUCUGACUUCUGACUAGUCAUCAACACACACGUGUUGGUAAACGGACAAAAAAUGAGUCCAGGAAAAGUGACUCACGUCAGCCAAAGCCACAGCCUCCGGCAAUUCGGCAGCACAUGAGCAAGAGAAUUCCAGGAGGAAACGACCAACAACUGCCGGCAGCCAUUAGUUCAGCAGUUGAACAUGGACCCAGAAGUAGGUGACAGAAAAAUACUGAUGCUUGAGCGGGAAGAGCCACACAAACGCUGCUUGAAUCACUUCAUCUCGGUGCAGACGUGUUAAAAAUGACUUGAAGUCGAUGGUUAUUCAUUUGGUGAGGAAGCCUCCACCUGCGGGCCUCCCAACUCAGAUGCACAUAUAUAUAUACAUCGGUUUGUAAAGGAGUUCAGACAGAGAUUUGCAUUGGUUCAUUACACACCGCCGUCUCCGUAGUUUCAUUCUGCUCUUUGUUAUGAGCUGUGUCCAUGUGAAACAAUGGUGACGGAGUUUGUGGGCACCAGACCCGCAAGUAAUGAGAAGGUUCUGCUUUCAUAGGUAAAUUUAUUUGUGCGUCGAAAAAGAAAAACUGAACAAAACAAAACUACCAAUCUGUACAAACUGUAAAAAAAACAACCAAUAAAAACACCCUACUCUGGUCACAUGAUUCCACAUUCCUG